UAAUUAUAUUAAAUCACAUAAUCAAGUAAAGCAACAACAAUUAAUAAAUAUUUAGCAUCAGUGAUAAUAGAACCGAAGAAAACAUAUUUAACUAUGGAUUUUGUACAUAGUGCAAGCUCCCUAGCUAGCUAACUCCUCUUCUAUCUCCUUGUUAGGAAGUUCCUACACGUUUCAAGUCAAACCCUUUAUUCUUAACAUCCAUUCGAGUUCUAUGAUCUUCCAUCUAACAUUUGGAUAAGUAAUGAUUUCAAAUUCUUCCAAUAGAAGAAUUUUUAUUGAGGUUCAUGGUAGUAGUAUACCGUAGGGUUGACCAAGGUGCCUUAGUUUUUGUUAUCUGAAUUAAUAGUAGGACUAGUGAGUGUUGGUUGCAUAAGGCAGAGAAAGAAGUGAGAAAUUCAAGAGAUUUGUAUAGUGGCAUGGCUUCAUGUUUAGCAACCCCAUGGGGUAACCUAUAAUGAUGGAGAAAUCAGAUAAUUUGGUAUUAUUAAGGCAGGUUGUGCCAUAUGUCUUAUGUUUGUGCAUAUUUAUCAGAUCAGCUUCUGCAAUUGAAGGCUUUGAGAGCAUAGCAUGCUGUGCUGAUUCAAACUAUAAAGAUCCAUUGACCAACUUAGAUUACAAAACAGAUUAUGCUUGGUUCUCUGAUACAAGAAGUUGCAGGCCAAUAACUAGUGUGUUAAAACAUUCAACCUAUGGAAGAUUAAGAGUGUUUGACAUAGAAAAGGGAAAGAGAUGUUACAAUUUGGCCACAACUAAGGAUCAAGUGUAUCUGAUAAGGGGCACAUUUCCAUCUGAAAAUGCACCAGGUAAAGGUUCCUUUGGUGUUUCUAUAGGGGUAACAGUGUUAGGUACAGUGAGAUCAUCAUCGCAGGACUUGAGAAUUGAAGGAGUUUUCAGAGCCACAAAGAACAACACAGACUUUUGCCUAGUGACAGAAGAGGGUAACCCUUAUAUAUCUCAGCUUGAGCUAAGAUCAGUGUCUGAAGAGUAUCUGCAGGGUUUGAAUUCUAGUGUCCUGAAGCUGAUCAACAGAAGUAAUCUUGGGGGAAAAGAAGAUGACAUAAGGUACCCAAUUGAUCAAAGUGAUAGAAUCUGGAAAAGAACUACUACAAGUCCAUACACUCCUAUAUCAUUCAAUAUUAGCAUUUUGGACCACAAAUCUAAUGUGACACCUCCUCUGAAAGUUCUACAAACAGCUUUGACUCACCCUGAAAGGUUGGAAUUCAAUCACAAUGGCCUUGAGGUUAAGGAGGAUUACGAGUACCUUGUGUUUCUCUACUUCCUUGAAUUGAAUAACAGUGUUAGAGAAGGCCAAAGAGUGUUUGACAUCUAUGUUAACAGUGAGAUUAAGAAGGCUAGUUUUGAUGUAUUAAGUGAAGGGUCAAAUUAUAGACACAUUGUGUUGAAUGCUUCUUCAGCAAAUGGAUCACUUAAUCUAACAUUGGUCAAGGCAUCUGGAUCUGUGUUUGGACCCUCUUGUAAUGCUUAUGAGAUCAUGCAGGUGCGACCAUGGAAGCAAGAAACCAACCAAACAGAUUUGGAGGCGAUUUUGAAGAUAAGAGAAGAACUAAUCACUGAAAACCAUGAUAACAAAGUCCUACAAAGCUGGACGGGUGACCCAUGCAUGCUUUUUGCAUGGCAAGGAAUAUCAUGUGAUUUUUCCAAUGAUGCACCUGUUAUCACUAAGCUGGAUCUUUCCUUAAGUAAUCUGAAAGGACCACUUCCAUCCAGUGUCACAGAGUUGACUAACUUACAAAUAAUGAACCUUAGCCACAACAACUUCAAUGGCUAUAUCCCCUCAUUUCCAAGUUACUCAAUGCUCACUUCACUAGAUCUGAGAUACAAUGAUCUUAUGGGGUCACUUCCACCGUCAUAUAACUCACUGCCACAUUUAAAGUCAAUAUAUUAUGGCUGCAAUGAUCGCAUGGACCAUAAGCUUUCAGGAAACUUGAACAUUUCAAUCAAUACAGAUAAUGGAAGUUGUCAGAAAGGGAAUGAUUUUCCACAACAAGUAGCAAUUAUUUCAGCCGUUGCAUGUGGCUCUUUCUUGAUUGCUAUGGCUGUUGGAACAAUUUUCAUUUAUCGUUAUAGACAGAGAUUAAAUCCAUUGGAAGCAUUUGGAAGAAAAAGCAACCCAAUGAUAACAAAUGUGAUAUUCUCAUUGAACAGCAUAGACGAUUUCUUGAUAAAAUCUAUUUCAAUUCAAGCAUUCACUUUGGAAUAUAUAGAGGUUGCAACCGAAAAGUACAACAUUUUGAUAGGUGAAGGAGGCUUUGGUUCUGUCUACCGUGGCACCCUAGAAAAUGGUCAAGUUGUGGCUGUGAAGGUUCGGUCAGCCACAUCAACGCAAGGCACUCGAGAAUUUGAUAAUGAGCUAAACCUGCUUUCUGCAAUAAGGCAUGAGAACCUGGUGCCUCUUCUUGGAUAUUGUAAUGAAAAUGAUCAACAAAUUCUGGUUUAUCCUUUUAUGUCCAAUGGCUCUCUGCAAGAUAGACUAUAUGGGGAACCUGCAAAGAGAAAAAUACUAGACUGGCCAACCAGACUGUCUAUUGCUCUUGGUGCCGCUCGAGGUUUAGCAUAUUUGCACUCGUUCCCUGAGCGAUCUGUAAUUCACAGGGAUGUGAAAUCAAGCAAUAUACUUUUGGAUCACAGCAUGUGUGCUAAGGUUGCAGAUUUUGGUUUUUCAAAAUAUGCUCCACAGGAAGGAGACAGUGCUGUUUCGCUUGAAGUAAGAGGAACUGCAGGAUAUCUUGAUCCUGAGUACUACACAACCCAGCAAUUAUCUGCAAAGAGUGAUGUCUUCAGCUUUGGUGUGGUUCUUCUUGAAAUUGUGAGUGGCCGGGAGCCUCUCAACAUCCAUAGACCGCGGAAUGAGUGGAGUUUGGUUGAAUGGGCUAAACCGUACAUAAGGGCAUCAAAGAUUGAGGAAAUUGUGGAUCCUGGCAUCAAGGGAGGGUACCAUGCAGAAGCAAUGUGGAGAGUGUUGGAAGUAGCACUGCAAUGUGUUGAACCUUUCUCAACAAAUAGACCGGCCAUGGAUGACGUCAUGCGCGAGUUGGAGGAUGCUCUGAUCAUAGAAAACAAUGCAUCAGAGUACAUGAAGUCCAUAGAGAGCCUUGGAUCCAACCGUUACUCUAUUGUCAUAGAGAAAAGGGUGCCACCCUCGACCUCGUCAAUGGUAGAAUCAACCAUCAUACCUCAAUCCUUGAACCAUCCGCAGCCGAGGUAGUAUAAGGAAAAAACACUUGAGAUGCACUUUCAGGGACUCCAUAACGCAUCUGGAAACUAAAAUAAUAGUUGUCUAGGACACUGGCAUUCAAAGCUCCAGUUUUAUUGUGACUCAAUGUUUUCAUCAAUGCAUUCAAAUGGAUAAACAAGUGGUAGGAUUGCCACAUACAACUAGGAAAAGAUGCACCAACUUGCAAGUUUGAUGACAGAAUGCUCACUGUUUAACACAACUGCAUUGACACCCCCUUCGUCAAUUGUUUAUGGGAGAGUACUACUGUACUAGUAGCAAUAUAGUUUGUUGAAUUGAGCUAAAAGUUCAGACUCGGAUUGUUUUCUUACACUUAGAAUAGAGGCUGGUAUACCCUUAAGUAAAUCACGUUCUUGGGUAUUGAAUUUUUAUUUGAUCUGAGUAGUAAAUAAUUGUAUGGUAGGUGAAUACAGAUUAAAAAUAUGACUAAUUUUUUUAUAUGGAUUAACAAUGCGUUUAA